AUGAGGGUCAUCGUCGUUUCGCGCAGCGGCAGAGUUGUCAUCAAGGGUGAUCUUGACCUUCCCGAUUCCGGACGGCUGUCUUACUCUUCUUCUUCUUACUCUUCUCGGAUCUCUGCGACAGUUGCUGACCUGCAGGAAGCAAUUCACGAGAGAAACAAAAAGUUGUACCCAUCUAGGCAAAGACUAACUCUCCCCGCGGCUCCCGGAUCUAAGGAGAAGCCCGUCGUCCUCAGCAGUAGGAAGUCUCUCAAAGAUUAUUGUGAUGGAAACCCGGAUAGCUUAACCGUAGUCUUCAAAGACCUAGGCCCUCAAGUGUCCUACCGCACCCUCUUCUUCUUUGAGUUUCUCGGGCCUUUGUUUAUCUACCCAAUCUUUUACUACUUCCCGGUUUACAAGUCCUUUGGCUAUGGAGAGAAGCGUGUGGUACAUCCCGUCCAGACAUAUGCCAUGUACUACUGGUGCUUCCACUACUUUAAGCGGAUUCUUGAAACAUUCUUCGUUCAUCGCUUCAGCCAUGCCACUUCACCACUCUCGAACGUGUUCCAGAACUGUGCUUAUUACUGGACAUUAGGUGCCUACAUUGCUUAUUACGUCAACCACCCUCUGUACACCCCCGUUAGUGAUCUCCAGUGGAAGACUGGUUUCGGGCUUGGGUUGGUUUGCCAAGCUGCAAACUUCUACUGCCAUAUCAUUCUGAAGAAUCUUAGGAGUCCUGAUGGGAGCGGUGGCUACAAGAUUCCAAGCGGGUUCCUCUUCAACGCUGUUACUUGCGCCAAUUAUACUACCGAGAUCUAUCAGUGGGUGGGAUUCAAUAUCGCCACUCAGACAGUUGCAGGAUAUGUCUUCCUUGUUGUUGCCUCUCUUAUCAUGACCAACUGGGCCAGUGGGCCCUCGGGAAACACCGUCGUCUGAGAAAGCUAUUCGACGGGAAAGAUGGAAGGCCGAGGUACCCUUGCCGAUGGGUUAUACUGCCUCCACUCAUCUAUAAGAAGAUGCCGUUGUUACGAGCCUCACCUAAAUCAGUCAGGUAGAUCAUAAACUUCUCAACGAGGUUAGAGAACUGAGGAAAGUUGCUCUGUUUUGUCUGCUCUGACUUGUUAAGUUUCUCUACAUACUUCCCCUGCUUUUAGCACAGCUCGGGUUCCAUAAGUCGUUCGAUCUCAUUGUUUCUGUGCCUACUAACUUUAUAUAUCUCGUUUUGCUA